GCAGACGCACACACUGCACGUUUCUGUUGUUGUAGGCAGUGCAUGUCUUAUAGUUGUAUUCCUCUAUUAAGCAUGUAGUCCCUGUCUAAAACCACCAUUGUCGACCUUCUUGCUACACCUCUCCCUGUCUCGCUCUGUCUUUUUCUCUUCUCCUUCUUCUUCUUCAAUUUCAACAAAUCACCAUGCCACUUCUUUCUUUUUAUUUUUAUUUUUUUUGUAGAAACAUCAUUAAUGGAGUUGAGAUUCAACUAAUCCAAUACCCACUUCUUUAAAUCCUCGCAUUUCCCUCUCAUAACUUUGUAGCAACUAAAAUUACUACUUUUUGUUUCUAACAAAAUGUCCCACAUCGAUUUAGAACACGGCACGCAUCAUCGCCGGAGUGACGUAAGCGUCGGCGACGGCAGCCUUUGCUUCUCGGACGCUGAAGAGGGCUCCUGCUACUCCCAGUUCUACUCAACUACCGGGGGCUCCUAUGAUGAAUACAGCUUCGCUUGCGUCUCUGAUGGGAAAAUUGGUGGCCGUGGUGACUCUGAUUCGAGGAGGGUGUCUUCGGCGUCUGACACGUCGGUGGUUGUGGAGAUAGAACGUGGCCCGCCUGAAAUUAAGGUGCAUUUGGCCAAAGUAGAGAGAGAUUGCAGGAUUUGUCAUCUGGGGUUGGAGAGUAACAGCCAUGAAUCUGGAGCUCCCAUUCAGUUGGGAUGUUCUUGCAAGGAUGAUUUGGCUGCUGCUCACAAGCAGUGUGCUGAGGCAUGGUUCAAGAUCAAGGGAAAUAAGACAUGCGAGAUUUGUAAUUCAGUUGCUCGCAAUGUUGCUGGGGCAAAUGAGGUUGAAUUGGCCGAGCAAUCAAACGAGAGUGGUAAUGCUAUAGCUACAGCAACAGCUGCUGUUUCAGCAUCAGUACCGCAGGGAGAGACAAGGAGCUUCUGGCAUGGUCAUCGUUUCCUGAAUUUCCUGCUCGCUUGUAUGAUAUUUGCAUUUGUUAUAUCAUGGCUCUUUCACUUCAAUGUGCCAUCGUCGUGAACUUCCACUGAACACAGCCUGUGCAAAAGAGAAAAAUAAAGAGGAAACAGAAAAAAGAAAAUGACAAUUGUGUGAAAGGACCUGCAAAAUUUCUUAGGUACUUACAGGUUGAUAUCUUCUCCAUAAUACAUGUAGAAAGUUUGUUUAUCUAUAUACAUGCAUAUCCCAAAUAUUUAUCAGAGCUUUGUCUGGCUUAUUGUACUCCAGUAUCACACACGCACGCACACACAGAUGCAAACUUUUAAGAAGGCCCCCAUAAUUUUAUAUAA